GUUAUUGAAAUUUGAACCUCGAAAGAUCUGAUUUCCUUUUUAGCAUUAGCCUCGUAGAUAUUUUUCUUUUCCUUCUAAACCGAGAAAUACUACUAAAAAAAUACUAGGUUACCUAUUUAGUAUCAAUAAGUAUCUUCUUGCAAUUGAGGUAGAUAACCUUUGAAUUGGACAUUUCAUAAUUGCUAUCUAAAUUUAAUGUUUCUCUCUCCUUAACAUGUUUGGCCUUUGACUGACUGGACUGGAUACCUCCUAAACAAUAUAACUAUCGAUAUACAUGGGUUACGAUUGGUCGGGAAUACAGCCGUACUCGUGGGACGUGUAAUUACAGUUGAAUUAUCUUGACCAUUCCAUCAUCCUACUCUAGUAAGAAUGACUCAACCCUGCCCCACGAAGCAACUCUUGGAGCUGUGCGUCGAGGCAACAUCCACAAUCCAAAGCGAAUGCGAUUUAAUACUCUCUACGGUAUAUCCACCUGAAGAUACUUCACGGGCAGGGUUAGUAGGAUGUGGUCCUGCUUUGGUUGAUCUGCUAUCACGGCAGGCAGCUCGGAUCAGUAUUUACUACCAACAGCUGAAGUCCGCGGGAAUGAGCACAGCUCCAAGUCCAUCCGAAGAGCAAAAGUUAUCGUUAGACCGAUUAUCUGAUAUUAUCUCCAUCUCAUAUUCCAAAUUCUACGCAUAUCUUUUCAAAGAUCUUCCAACUUGCUGGCGGCAGCUUUAUACCGAUGCUAGUAUUUUAAAAUUCUGUCUGAUCCUCCUCUCGACCCCUUGCGUCUAUGAUCACACUCCGGAAUGUAGCAAUGCUUCUCGUGAGCAGGUUGAUAAGGCAGGCCGUCAGAUUACUCAACUCAUCAAACUUCUUGACUAUGCGUUAAUUCUCGCCGGUGCCGCUGGUGAGCAGAGAGGCAGGAAAUGGGUCAAUAAAGCCCUUCUAUUACUCCAAUCGGUCUGGAAUGAACUAGGUAUCGAUCCAGGUGUGCCGAAGGAACUCAAUACUAUAUUUUCGACAAUAGAACCAUUCACGCCGCCUGUGAAGCACCCCAUCCAACGUGUCGAUGUUCUAUCCAUCGAGGCGUUCCAAGCGUAUAUGGACAAUCCCCGAGAUUCAAAGCUAGGACCAGAACCGCUUAUCAUACGUGGUGCUAUUGACGAAUGGUCAGCUCUAACCAAGAACCCCUGGAAUAAGCCAUCGUAUCUUCUUUCACAAACUUUUGGAGGCCGCAGGCUUGUGCCUGUCGAAAUUGGCCGUAGUUAUGUUGAUGAAGGUUGGGGUCAGAAACUUAUCACUUUCGGUGAGUUUUUAUGCGAAUAUAUCGAUCCCUCCAUCCCUCCAACCCAGGACAGCUCCAUCGAUGACACUAUUUCCACUUCGUCGCAAGCGAAGCCUAUUGCAUACCUAGCCCAGCACCCUUUGUUCACUCAACUGCCCGCUUUGCGAAAUGAUAUUCUCGUCCCGGAUUAUUGCUAUACGGCACCACCUCGGCACCCAACAGACUCUAGCAUUGACCAGCCGGAACUUGAUGAGCCGCUUCUCAAUGCCUGGUUUGGGCCGCCAGGGACUAUUACACCAUUGCAUACCGACCCAUAUCAUAAUGUGUUAACACAGGUGGUGGGGCGUAAGUACGUACGGCUCUAUUCACCCUUAAGUACGGAGCGUAUGCAAGCACGAGGAAAGGAAAAUGGUGUGGAAAUGGGAAACACCAGUUUGAUGGACGUUGGGGUAAUUGAAGGGUGGGAUUCGAUACCCGAUGACGAGGAAGACGGAUUUAGCAAGGAGGAUCUUGUCAAUUUUAAAGCGGUACCAUUUCUAGAUUGUAUCCUCGAGCCCGGUGACGCCCUCUACAUUCCAAUCGGGUGGUGGCAUUAUGUUCGUGGGUUGAGUGUUAGCUUUAGUGUGAGUUUCUGGUGGAAUUGACGUAGGAUGGAAGCGCUUAUGAAUAAAGUCCUUACCUGAGGUUAGCGAUGUAAAUCUGGAGUGUCAGACGUUAAAAGGUAUAUGCGCCUAAAAAAAAUGCUUAGUCAUAGCUUUUGUGUAAUUAAGCAAUAUUAUUCUCUUGCCAAAA